UAUCGUAUUGUAAAUUUUAAAAAAUCGCAGUGUUUCGCUAAGGAGUUUUUUAUAACAAACUAAAAUAAACAAUGGACGACCGCACAGUGGACCUCAUCUUCACGGGCUCCUUGAAGCUGCUUCCACCAGUCAGCUCCAAGAUCGUGAGGAUAUUCACCAGUUCCACAUUCACAGAUACAACAAUGGAGAGAAAUACUCUUAUGGCAAAAUGUUAUCCCCGAAUCAAAGAUUAUUGUCGGGAGAAACAUGGGUUGGAGUUUCAGGUGGUAGAUAUGAGAUGGGGGGUCCGAGACGAAGCAACAGAUGACCACAUGACAACAGAGCUCUGUAUGAGAGAGAUCAAAAACUGCCAGCGUUUGUCCAUGGGACCUAACUUUGUGGUGUUCCUGGGACAGAAAUAUGGAUACAGACCAAUACCAACCUACGUGUUAUCAUCAGAGCUGCAGAUGUUAAGAGACGAGCUGGCGGCGGGAGGAGUGGACGUGAUUCUCUUGGAUACCUGGUACAAGAAGGACUCCAAUGCUGUGCCACCGGUGUCAGUACUGCAGCCCAUAUCUUCUAUACUGAUCAACUUUAAUAACAAGAGAGUGCCGAAACUACAAGCAGAGGACCAGGCGGUCUGGUGGGACACUCUCACCAAAAUGCAGAAGCUGUUCCGCAAAGCAUCCCUACAGCUUUACAAUGCUGGCAAAAUGGAUAAGGAUGCUAUGCAUAAUUACUUUAUGUCUGUAACUGAACGAGAAGUAAUCAACGGAGUACUAAACGUGAAGAACACUAAAAACCACUGUCUGGCCUACGUCCGGUACAUCAAUAACAUCAACCUCCAGAACCUGAAGAAGGCCAGCAACUUCGUGGACAUCCUCAACAGGAGCUUGGAUGCUGAGGCUUCUAAGCUUUUAGCCGAUUUGAGGGAUGUCCGAUUGCCUAAUAAGAUCGAGACUACAAAUAUACAAAAGUAUACAGUAGAGUGGAUAGGGCGGGAUGGAUUGGACAAUGAGACGCACGGCGAAUACCUCAACCAUUUCAUCACACAUUUCUAUAAAAACAUUAUAAAGCUGGUUGAUAGGGCAAUGCGUAAAGAAGACAGCAGUGCACAAGGACAGAUAGUGACAGAAAUACUGCAACAUCUGCAUGCUUGUAACAACUCUGUCAAGGUGUUCCAUGGAAGAGAAGAUGAUCUCAACUACAUUGAGAACUAUAUGCUAAAUGAUUCCGAUAAGCCACUGGUACUUUAUGGAGAAGGUGGUUGCGGAAAAACAAGUCUUUUAGCGAAGAGUUCUGCAAUGUCCCUCAAUACAUGGUUUGCAGAAGUGCGACCAACCAACAUCAUCAGAUUCCUCGGAACUACACCAGAUUCUAGCGCUCUUACACCUACACUUAUAUCUAUUUGUCAACAGAUAUCCUACAACUUUGCCCUCCCCUUCGAGGGCAUACCGGAUGACCUUGUUCCUCUCACAGCACACUUCAAGCAGCUCCUAACCAUGGCUUCACAGCAACAACCCUUACUGUUGUACCUGGACUCAGUAGACCAGCUCACUGGCAUCGGUACUGAGAACAAUAAGGUGUCUUGGCUACCAACUAGAUUACCACCGCAUUGUAAAAUCAUAGUAACUUGUGCAUGCGAGGAAGCCAACCCUGAAGUAUCAAAGGAGUACGAUGUUCUCCGAAGAAUGAUUGAUUCCGAAGAAAAUUUCCUGGAAGUUAAAGCUUUGGGCGAGGAGUUGGCUAUGCAAGUUUUGAAGCUUUGGAUGGCGUCGGCUGCACGAGAUCUGUCGAACUAUCAAUGGCGGCUGGUCUCCAAUGCUAUAGCCAGUUGUUCUUUGCCUAUCUUCGUCAAGCUGGUAUUUGCUGAGGUUUGCAGAUGGCGAAGUUACACAAAGCCUACCGAAACCCAUUUAGCUUCUACAGUCAUGGACUCAAUCAUGAUGCUGUUUGAGAGAAUCGAAAAACAGCAUGGCAGACUUCUCGUCUUCCACGCUCUAGCCUACAUCACCGCAGCCAGGAGUGGUCUCUCCGAAACCGAACUAGAAGAUUUGAUAUCCUUGGAUGACAAGGUUCUUGAUGACGUUUAUCAGUACCAUCUGCCUCCGGUUAGGAGGAUACCACCUUUACUUUGGACCAGGAUCCGUAAUGACCUUCCCAACUACCUGUCUGAGCGCGAAGCAGAUGGCGUCUCCGUGAUGAACUGGUACCAUCGCCAGUUCCGCGACACGGCACGCGAACGAUACUUCAAGAACAUGAACAUGGCCAUGUACUUCCACUCCAUGAUCGCUGACUACUACUUGGGUAUAUGGGGUGGUGGCACCCCCAAACCAUUCAAGUACACGGAGAUUCAACGCCAUAGAUUCAACCUGGCGGAUAGAGAAGGCGUAGCUGACAGAAAGGUGCCAUUACAGCCCUUGGUUUUCACAUCUGCUGAUGGGUCAUCUAAGAGAUAUAAUUUGCGGAAGUUUGGCGAGCUUCCCUUUCAUCUUGUACGAUCAAAGCGUUUCACAGACCUGUAUGCAGAAGUGCUGUUCAAUUAUGAGUGGCUUCAUGCUAAGCUAAAUUGCUGUCCAUUGCAAGCUGUGCUCGCUGAUUUUGAGGAUGCUAAGCAGCAUGUUAAUAAGGACGCUGUGAGAGAACUAAUGCUAGUGGCUGAUGCACUCCGUCUUGGGGGUGCAAUCCUAGGACAGUAUCCAGACAUGUUGGCUCCUCAGCUAGUAGGGAGACUGUUACCGGAGGCUCCUCACAAUCCUGCCGUGGCAUCGUUACUGAAGCAGUGUCAUGAUAAAGGGAAGAACCAUUGUGCUUUGUUGCCUUCGCACCAUUGUCUUCAUACACCUGGUGGUCCUUUGAAGUAUUCAUUAGAAGGUCAUCAGUUUGCGGUCUUCGGCAUUCGUCUCAGCUCGGACAAGCGCUACGUGGUCUCCAUAUCCAGCAGAGUUAUUUCCUGGGACCUCUCUACAUCCGACCUGGCUAGAGAUCUGUGCCCACAGCUGGAGGGUAUCAUGCAGAAUUUAGAACUUUCCCCGGAUAAUAAAUGGGCCGCUGCAGCUACCAAUAACUCUGUUUCGAUACUUCUAAACAUGUUGACUAGUGAAUAUAUUACUAUUGAAAAUCCAUUAGACGAAGGGGAAACGGUGAGAGGAGUAUAUGCACUGAACCAUCACUUCUUCAUCUACGGCCCCAACUCCUGGGUCCAGUACAGCAUGAGGGGAGAAAUUGAGGAUACGAAAUCUGCCCCUGACUGUGCUCCGUACGACGAUGUCACUUGGGAAAUUUUAUCAAUGGAGUUCCGAGAUCUAGAAAACCUAGUGGUGGUGAUGUGGAGCGGUGACCUUGAUGACGAUCGACUACUGGUGCACUUCUGCAAAGCCGGGGCCUGGCUCCAGCCCUUGAGGUGUCGAGGAGCUAUGACCCUCAACAAACACUGGAAUAGGAUUUACACUAGUGAUCCUGAAAGGGGAUAUCAGAUUUCCAUAUACGAAUUAAAUGAGGAACAAAUGUGUUGGGAUAAGGUAGAAGAGUUGAACCAUCGUGAAACGGAUACUGCUGAGGCAAUGCUGCAGUUGAAGAGGGGGAAAAAGGAUCGGAUGUUAUUAGCAACCACGACAUACAGUUUCGUUGUAUGGGACUUCAAUAACAUUAUACCAAGAGGUAAUCAUGACACAGGAAAGAAGAGAAAAGAAGAGGACGAAAAGAAAGAGGAAGAGGGAGAGGAAGAGAAGCAAGACACUGUACCAGAAAAGGAUUUGCGUUUGGAAGGAAUUGUUCUAAAAUUGCCACACACUAUCCGAAACAUAUCGACCAAGCAGACUUUGUCGAACUCUUUUAUGAUCAGCAACAAUAAUACUUAUGCAGUCGCUGGUGUCAGGAAGAACCUCUACGUAUGGAGUCUGGAAACAACAAAACUGAUCAAGAUCCUGGACGCCCAUUUUGGAAGGAUCGUCCAGUUGGAACCUCUCACUGUUGGAGCUUGGAACAACGUGAUCACCUCGUCUAUAGACAGGACUGUGAAGAUAUGGAAUAUUGAUAACAUAUUUGAACAAGUUCACAAAAUUGACAGACAGGAGUUGCCCAUUGAUUCUAUUAGUCUAGCAAGAGACCAACAAAUAGCAGUAACAGUGACGCGAAGCUGUUGGGGUCUGUGGGACACCAGCACAGGGAGACUCCUGGCGCAACUAGCUGAUGCUCCUCUUGGGGCCAUCGUCACCCAUGCUGUCAUCACUCCCACUGGAGAGAAUGUCAUCACUGCUGAGUCUGGGAACGUGGUUAUUUGGGAUACUCCUGAAAAACAGGUAGUGUUCAAGGAAGAGCAGAAGGGCGUGAAGCAACUCCUACUUCUAGAAGAUGGGACAAAGUUUAUCACAAUAUCGAUGGUGGUUGCUGCGGACAACGUAGAUAAUGUGGCUAUGGCUCAUAUAGUUGCUAGAACUAUUCCUGAUGGGGAAAGAAUCUACACAGUGGACUACGAAGUUCGAGGCACGGGCUACAGAGCAGCGGUAGUGUCAGCAGACGAGCACCACAUCGUAGCUCCAGGGGUGGAUAAGUCCUCCAGAGAGUGUCUACAUGUUUUCCAUGCUAGAACUGGUGCUAGGUUACAUAGGAUCCCCAUCAAGAACAGUGGCAUCAAAGACAUGCAGUCAAUAGUGGCUCUGCCUCACAAGCCACAUUGGGUCGCCGUGAUAGGCAACGAUAAAGCUGGUAUAUUGGAUAUCAAGACGAAGAGGCAUGUCAGGUUCGUUCCUCGCUGGAACGGGGCUUGCACACGGGAUGGUAAGACGGGGCUAUGCGCACCGUCGCGUGGAGGGCUGGACCUCAUCGAGCUGAAGCGAGGCGCAUCUGUGCAGCAGCUCAUAUCGCGAGCCGCGGAGGGCGUAUUCUCCAUCAUCACCAUGUUCAGCUCCACUGACGACUAUGUCUUCUACUACCACAGUGGUAGGAAGACGCUGAGAGUAUUCAGGACUCUGGAUGGUAAAGCAAUAGCGGAAUACAGGGCUCCAGCUGAAGUGACAGGGGUGGCGAGCGCUCACGGGGGCAAAGCCCUAGCUAUCGCCUCGCAGGACGGCUGCCUCACUGUGCUUAAUAUUGUAGACCCACAUGAGUAGGAAAUUAUAGUACAAUGCCCCGCAGACAACUUGAACAUUAAGGUGUAUGAGACAGGUCUGCCCGCGAAAUUCAAAAUUAUUUUGGUUU